AAACAGAUUAAGUCUCCGGCUGCAGAAAGGGGGGGCUCCGACUGAGAGACUCCCAGAAUCCCCUGCUGCUGGAUUUGUUUGCCCCUGGCACAAGUCCCAGAUCCUCGCUGGCUCGGUCUCCAUUUUGCAGUCGGAGCAGUUGAGACCUGUGACCGUUGGUUUUGCCCCUGUGACUAUGUUACCCGCUCUCCGUCUGCGCUCAGCCCUCCUGCCCCGGACCCGCCUUCUGGGGGCAACAAGCGUCCGAGCAGCUCAUGGACACGAAGGGCAAGUUUCUAGGCCAGACGGCUCGGAGCUGCUGUAUUACGACCACCGAGUGUUCCCCCUGCCGGACAUUCCCUAUCAGACGGAUCUGAGCUCCCAGCAGGGGGCGCUGAAGGAUAAAGAGCGAGGCCCAUGGAAGCAGCUGAGCCAGGAGGACAAGAUUUCACUGUACCGGAUCAAGUUUAACAAGACCUACGCGGAGAUGAACAGACCCAGUAACGAGUGGAAGACCGUGUUCGGCACCAUCUUUAUCUUCUUUGGGCUGACGGGCCUGAUUGUGUGGUGGCAGCGAGUCUAUGUGUACCCGCCGCAGCCCCACACGCUGGCUGAUGAGUGGAAGGCCAUGCAGGCGCGCAGGAUGUUGGACAUGAGAGUGAGCCCCAUCCAGGGAUUCUCCUCCAACUGGGACUAUGAGAAGAACCAAUGGAAGAAAUAGAUCUUCAAUACGGCCCGGGGGGGUCCCACGUAGAACCCGUCUCACCAGCUGCCCCCCCAGGUACCCACCAUUCUACCUGCCAAUAAUGUGCCCAUUACUCACCAGCCCACUGUCUGUUGUACCCAGAGUUCCACUCACUGAAUAAAGGGGAAAUAAUGCCAA